AUGGCAUCCGCAACCUCAUUUUUCGAGUUCACACCAAAGGAUAGGGCCAACAAGGAGUAUCCUCUCUCACAGCAUAAAGGCAAGGUCGUUUUGGCCGUCAACACUGCAUCGAAAUGUGGUUUCACUCCUCAAUUCGCCGGUCUCGAGAAGGUGUGGAAGACCAUCUCAGAGAAGCACCCUGACAAAUUCGUCAUCAUCGGGUUUCCGUGCAACCAAUUCGGUGGUCAGGAUCCUGGCUCCAAUGAACAAAUCCACGAAUUCUGUCAGCUCAACUAUGGUGUCACAUUCCCCGUCUUGGGCAAGACCGAAGUCAAUGGCAACAAGGCAGAGCCUGUUUUUGAAUGGAUGAAGGCUGAGAAACCAGGUCUCUUGGGCAUGAAGCGAAUCAAGUGGAACUUCGAGAAGUUCCUCAUCGAUGCAGAUGGCAAGGUCGUGCAACGAUAUGCCAGUCUCACAAAACCGGAAAACAUCGAAAAGGACAUUCUUAACCUGAUUGAGAAGAAGUCAGGUUAG